AGCGGGCGGACCGCCUUAGCCGGCGCUCAAGCGGCGGCGUGCGAGGCGGCGGCGGCAUGGCGGGCCGGCGGGUGAAUGUGAAUGUGGGCGUGCUGGGUCACAUCGACAGCGGCAAGACAGCCCUGGCGCGCGCGCUGAGCACUACGGCCUCCACCGCCGCCUUCGACAAGCAGCCGCAGAGCCGCGAGCGCGGCAUAACGCUUGACCUGGGCUUCUCCUGUUUCGUCGUGCCGUUGCCGGGGGCUGAACCCGGGACCGGCGACACGCAGCUUCAGGUCACGCUGGUCGACUGCCCCGGGCACGCCUCCCUCAUCCGGACCAUCAUUGGCGGUGCCCAGAUCAUUGAUCUGAUGAUGCUCGUGAUUGAUGUGACCAAGGGAAUGCAGACACAGUCCGCAGAGUGCCUUGUGAUUGGCCAGAUCGCCUGCCAGAAGCUGGUUGUGGUGCUGAACAAGAUAGACCUGUUAGCGGAAGGGAAGAGGCAGGCAGCGAUUGACAAAAUGACCAAGAAAAUGCAGAAGACUCUUGAGAACACCAAAUUCCGGGGUGCACCAAUUAUUCCCGUAGCAGCCAAACCUGGGGGACCAGAGGCCCCUGAAACAGAAGCUCCACAGGGCAUCUCAGAACUCAUUGAGCUCCUGAAGUCCCAGAUCUCCAUCCCAGCCAGAGACCCCUCGGGACCAUUCCUCAUGUCUGUGGACCACUGCUUCUCCAUCAAGGGUCAGGGCACCGUGAUGACUGGAACCAUCCUCUCAGGUGCUAUCAGCCUCGGGGACAGUGUGGAGAUCCCUGCCCUCAAGGUGGUGAAGAAAGUGAAGUCCAUGCAGAUGUUUCACACACCUGUCACCUCUGCCAUGCAAGGAGAUCGACUGGGCAUCUGUGUCACCCAGUUUGACCCCAAGCUCUUGGAACGUGGGCUGGUAUGUGCGCCUGAGUCUCUGCACACCAUUCACGCAGCCCUCAUCUCUGUGGAAAAGAUCCCUUACUUCCGGGGCCCCCUGCAGACUAAGGCCAAGUUCCAUAUUACAGUGGGCCAUGAGACAGUCAUGGGCCGCACGCUGUUCUUCAGCCCUGCUCCUGCAGACUUUGACCUGGAGCCCACUCUUGAUUCCUUCGACCUCUCCCGAGAAUACCUCUUCCAAGAGCAGUACCUGUGCAAAGACUCCAUGCCCACAGGCACAGAAGGUGGUAAUGAGGUGGACAGGAAAGCAGGCCACGCCCCAGGGGGCCAGUGCCCCCGGCAACAGUGGGCCCUGCUGGAGUUUGAGAAGCCAGUCACCUGUCCCCGACUGUGCUUGGUGAUUGGCUCCAGGCUGGAUGCGGACAUUCAUACCAACACAUGCCGGCUAGCCUUCCAUGGUGUCUUGCUGCAAGGACUGGAAGACAAGAACUACACAGAGAGCUUCCUGCCAGCACUGAGGGUGUACAAGCUGAAGCACAAGCAUGGCCUUGUGGAGCGGGUAAUGGAUGACUACAGCGUGAUUGGACGCUCCCUGUUCAAAAAGGAGACCAACAUCCAGCUCUUUGUGGGGCUUAAGGUGCAGCUGUCGACAGGGGAGCAGGGCAUCAUCGAUAGUGCCUUCGGCCAGAGUGGCAAGUUCAAGAUCCACAUCCCUGGUGGCCUCAGCCCUGAGUCCAAGAAGAUCCUGACACCUACACUCAAGAAGCGGAACCGAGCUGGCCGCGGGGAGACCGCCAAGCCAGAGGAGAGCGCCGAGCGGCCAGAGCCCAUGCAGCCUGUGACACUCAGCCUGUCUUUCAAGCGCUAUGUCUUUGACACCCAGAAGCGCAUGGUACAGACUCCCUAAGUGAACCAACCCCCCAGGGCCUCUUGCCAGCUACAAGCCAGACCACAGUGCCAGAUGCCCCCAAUGUGCCUCAGUCUCCCCAGUCCUGCAGGCAGCCCAUCCACUGCCAUCCCCACUGAUGUUGAGCCCCUCUGAGAAGACCUGGGGAAAGUGAGGAACAGUGCCAGAAAGGCUGCCACUCCAUUCCUGCACCCACCCAGGAGAGCAGCUAAGCCCAGCUUGGAAAGGGCCUUAGCAGAGCCAGCAACCUGGGCCUCACAGGCUUCCCCAGUUAGGGCGUCUGCAGCCACUCUCAGCCCUACCCCAAGUAACUGGCACCCUCCAACUGGAAAUAAACAUCCCAUAUAUGACCUA